AUGCAGAGUAUUCCUGUAGAAAGUUCACCGCCAUAUUAUAGUGUAGCCAGCCCAACGUCUCAGUUCAUUGCCGAAAGUCCAAGAAUUCAGAGAUUAUCUUGUGAUUUGGAUCGGUCAGACAAAGAGGCAGUGCAAUUUGUGAUUGAGAAACUUCGAUCCCUGACAGCCAAAAAAGCUUGGAACAUUAAAUGGCAAGGAGAAGAGUUUAUGUUGUGUUUGAAGGUAGACAACCAGGAAUAUAUAAUUAUUGGCCUGAAUAUCAUCAACAGGUGCAAGGAUUUAAGGAUAAUUUAUAUCAAGCCUAUAAUACAACUGAAGAAGCUGAAAUAGCAUAUGCUGAGUAUGUAGAACGAAUGAUGAGGAAUCUAAAUGAGACAAAUCCAAUACAACAUAUCACCGCACAUACACGUGCCAACUUGAAUAAUGAGUGGCAUAAUGGUUUUAUAAUCGGCUGUUUGUUUGGA